AUGGGCCAGGUACUCACUCAACUUACCUCUCAAUCUCACCCACACCGCUGGAAUGCCUGUAUACGUCUGCCGACGCUUGUCCAGCGCCGUGCAAUUGGAUCAGUCAGUGCAAUUGACUCUGUGAUAUUUCGGAACUUAUUCGGUACCGACGAGAUUCGCAAUGUAUUUAGUGACCAAGCAUACAUCAACAGAUGCGUCGACGUUGAAGCUGCUCUAGCUCGGGCCCAAGCCCAAUGCAAUGUCAUUCCCGCCGAUGCUGCCGCCGAUAUCACCUCCAAAGCCAAGGCUACAAGCCUCGACAUGGACCGUCUACGCAACGAGACUGAUGUCGUCGGUUAUCCCAUCCUUCCUCUUGUGCGUCAGCUGAACGACAUGUGCGGAUCUGCUGGGAAGUACCUACACUGGGGAGCUACAACACAGGAUAUCAUGGACACAGCCAGCGUGUUGCAGAUCAAAUCUGGUCUUGGUAUUAUUGAGACCAAGCUGACUGGCGUGAUAAACGCGCUUCAAGAUCUGGCAGUUACGUAUCGCGAUACGCCGAUGGCUGGGAGGACACAUCUCCAGCAUGCCCUCCCCGUUACCUUUGGUUAUAAAUGUGCUGUGUGGCUAUCAAGCUUGUACCGCCAUAGAGAGCGGCUUCAGCAGCUAAAGAGUCGUGCUCUUAUCGUUCAGUAUGGAGGUGCGGCCGGGACUUUGGCAUCCCUUGGAGACGGACCGGAAGGUGUUGAUGUGCGAAAGCAACUCGCUGGUGAACUCGGCCUGGAAAACCCCACGAUUACCUGGCAUGUUGCCCGCGAUGGUAUCGCUGAAGUGGUCAAUUUUCUAGCCCUCAUCGGUGGCUCCCUCGGCAAGAUUGCCUUGGACCUCAUCAUCAUGUCCUCCAACGAGCUUGGAGAAGUUGCUGAACCAUUCGUUCCUCAUCGCGGUGCUUCAUCCACAAUGCCUCAAAAGCGCAAUCCCAUCUCCAGCGAAGUCAUCCUCGCUGCCUCCAAAAUCCUGCGCUCCAACGCUAGUCUCGUUCUUGACGGCAUGGUAUCCGACUUUGAACGCGCAUCAGGACCUUGGCAUCUAGAAUGGGUAGCCAUACCCGAGAGCUUCGUCAUAGCAGUCGGUGCUCUUCACCAAGCCGAGUUUGCGCUUUCAGGUCUUGUUGUGGACAAAGAGCGCAUGGCAGCUAAUCUGGCUUCUACGCGAGGACUCAUUGUUGGUGAGGCGCUGAUGAUGGCGUUGGCGAAGUAUGUUGGAAGACAGGAUGCGCAUGAUAUUGUGUAUGAGGCUUGUAAGGAGACUAUUGAGAGUAAGGAUGGAAGUACGCUGCUCGAUACGCUGAAAAAGGAUGAGCGAGUAACCAGGUUCCUGCCCUUGAGUGAUUUGGAGAGGCUCUGUGAUCCUAUCAAUUAUCUGGGAUCGGCGCAGCGUAUGGUUGAUGAUACGUUGGCAGAGAAUACAUCAUAA